UGCAUGUAAAUAACAGCUCGGUGGGCAGGAACGAAGCGUUGCGUGAUCACAAAUAGCAUAGCCUACUUAUUUAGUAUGGAUACCAAAGCAACAUUUUUUUUAGAUACUGGGCGUGGAUGAGGACCAAAGACUUGUCUGGGAGACUGUCUCGUAUUAUAAAACCAUGAAAGGUCUGCAGAUGUGAUCUGGAGAAAACUUGCCUCUCCAUCACUCUACUUCCGCGUCAAACAUGCGUUUAACACUCAACAUGUCCUGCUGAGCACACCAACACUGAAGUAAAUGCUAUUUGCAUCGGUUUGCAUGUUUUCAACAUUAACUUCACCGAAAUAUCUGCCUGGGACGCGGCAGGAGACUUCAGAGAUCAUAUGGAGGGGAAUAUGGACAUGGAUGAUGUUUCUCCAUCCCAUCAUCAGCAUCAGCGAGGAUUGUGGAAAUCCUUCCACGGCAGACCCAAACUCACCAGCAGCCCCAAACUGGGCAAAAAAGACCGAAAGCAGGAAAGCGGGUUUUGGAUAUUUAAAAAGAAACGACCAAAUGGUUUGGAGCGAACGAUGUCUUCGUCUCAACCCAAUCUGCACAGCGCAGCAGCCGCUCCAGAUGGUGCCGAGAGCGGAAGGACGCGCAGCGACUCGCCCGAGCAGGGUGUCGGUACGGCGGCCGCGGCAGAAGCGUCGCUCGGUGCGGAGAUCCAGAUGCUGAAAAGAACAGUCAGCUCCAAACCGACGCUGUCCCAGUUGGUGCAGUCUCAACAUAAACCUGCUCUGCAAGGGUCCACAUGCACCGAUGAAUCUGUGAUGAAUGGUAUGGAGGAAGAGAUCAAUAAAAGUGUGGGGAUUGCUGCAGCUGGUAAUGGUGGAACACAGCCUUCACUUCCCACGUCAGCACUGUACCAGCUAGACAUCAUGCUGAAAAAAGGAAACAACCUUGCCAUUCGAGACAGAGGCGGAACAAGUGACCCAUAUGUGAAGUUCAAAAUAGCUGGCAAAGAAGUUUUCCGUAGUAGAAUCAUCCACAAGAACCUUAAUCCAGUUUGGGACGAGCGUGUUUGUCUUAUAGUGGACAAUUUACAAGAGCCUCUGUAUAUUAAGGUGUUUGACUAUGAUUUUGGCCUUCAAGAUGAUUUUAUGGGCUCAGGUUACCUGUACCUUGAUUCUCUGGAACUGCAGAGGCCUCUUGAUGUCCAGUUAGACCUUCAAGAUCCUCACUGUCCCGAUCAGGACCUGGGCUCUCUGGAGCUGGCGGUCACUCUGUUCCCAAGAAGUACAGAAGACAGAGAGGCUCUGCGACAGGCGACCAUGCUACUGAGGAGAAGCUGGAAGAGUUGCAGUAAGCAGCAGCAGCAGCAGAGUCUUCGGCUGUCGGACCUGCACAGAAAGUCUCAGCUGUGGAGGGGCAUCGUGAGCAUCAGACUCAUCGAGGGUCGUGACCUCAUGCCCAUGGACCAGAACGGCCUGAGUGACCCUUACGUCAAGUUCAAACUAGGCCCUCAGAAGUACAAGAGUAAGACGAUUCCCAAGACGCUCAACCCUCAGUGGAGGGAGCAGUUCGACCUGCAUCUGUAUGAUGAGGAGGGAGGCAUUCUGGAGAUCUCCGUUUGGGAUAAAGACAUUGGAAGGAGAGACGACUUCAUCGGCCAGUGUCAGCUGGACCUGUCCAAGUUGAGCCGAGAGAAGACACACAAGCUAGAACUUGAGUUGGAGGAGGAUAAAGGGAUGCUGGUUCUGCUGGUGACUCUGACCGCCACAGUCGCGGUCUCCAUCUCUGACCUGUCUGUCAACCUACUGGACGACCCACAUGAACGCCAGCAGAUCAUUAAGAGAUAUAGUCCGUUAAGGUCGUUCUUUAACCUGAAGGAUGUCGGAAUCGUGCAGGUGAAGAUCCUGCGGGCCGAGGGGCUGAUGGCUGCUGAUGUCACAGGAAAGAGCGACCCGUUCUGCAUUGCGGAGCUGUGUAACGACCGUCUGCAAACACACACGGUUUACAAGACUCUGAACCCCGAGUGGAAUAAAGUCUUCACCUUUAACGUGAAAGACAUUCACUCAGUGCUGGAGAUCACAGUGUACGACGAGGACAGAGACCGCAGCGCUGACUUCCUGGGUAAAGUGGCCAUCCCGCUACUAAACAUCCGCAACAGUGAACAGAAGGCCUACGUCUUAAAAAACAAGGAGCUGACAGGGCCAACAAAGGGGGUCAUCUUUCUCGAAGCAGACGUCAUCUUCAGCGCCGUGAAAGCCAGUAUGCGGACGUUCGUUCCACCAGAACAGAAGUACAUCGAAGACGAGGCCAAAGUCUCUAAACAGAUGCUGCAGCAGAAUUUUAACCGAGUGAAGCGCUGCGUUCUCUCCCUCAUUAACGCGGGCUCCUACAUCAACAGCUGUUUUCAAUGGGAGUCCCCCCGCAGGAGUUUAUGUGCUUUCUUGAUCUUUGUGGUGGUGGUUUGGAAUUUCGAGAUCUACAUGGUUCCAUUGUCCCUGCUGCUGCUGCUGGCCUGGAACUACUUCCUGCUGGCCUCGGGGAAGGAGUCGCGCGAGGGGAACGUGCAGGUGAUAGAGGACCUUCUUGAGGAUGUGGAUGAAGAAUAUGACAAAGAUGACAAGGACUCUGGGAAAAAGGGCUUAUUUGAUAAAUUCUAUGCGGUUCAAGAUGUGAUCAUAACGGUUCAAAACGUUCUGGAUGAAGUGGCCUGCUUCGGGGAACGAGUGAAGAACACGUUUAACUGGUCUGUGCCUUUUCUGAGCUGGCUAGCCAUAACGGUGCUAUGUGCCGGUGCCACGCUAAUAUACUUUAUCCCACUACGAUUCAUUGUGCUGGUCUGGGGUAUCAAUAAAUUCACCAAAAAACUUCGGGACCCCUACAACAUUGAGAACAAUGAGCUGCUGGACUUCCUGUCUAGAGUUCCGUCAGAUGUCCAGUUGGUUCAAUACAAAGACCUCAAAGCAGAGACUUCGCAGAGUCCCAGCAGGAAAAGGAGGAACAACCCCGGAUAGACCUUGAACUGUGACAUUGUUUCUAAAUCAACCGUUCACAUACAAAACACUUUAAAAUGGAGAUCGUUUUAAAAAAAAGAAAGAAAUAUUUCGAGCAUUAUUUAUGCAAACUUGCACAACUAUAAUAGCACAAAUCUCAGCUGUUCAUAAAAUGUUCUAGCAUUAUUUAUAUCUAUUCCAAUUUUUAUUCCAUCACUGAUUCACAGUCAGUGUUUUGAACAUUUUUAGUCAAUGAGAUCUUUGUGAAGAAAAAUGCUGCAAACCAGAUUCAAACUUGUCGCCCACGUGAGCACCAUAGCUCCAAAAACAUGUGCCUAACACAGCUGAGACUGUAUAACGUAGAUUCUGGUGCAAAAAAUAUAUGCUUGAAAAUGUUUCGCUUUCGUAAACGUCUGCAUAAUUUAAUUUAAUAAAUGCAACUGGUCUGACCACAGCGUUUUUUUCAUGAAAACGCGUCAAAACUUUCCAGUGAACUUUGCACCUUUGAGGUCACUCUUCAAAUCAUUUUCCUUAGAUAGUUAUUUUUAUCCACAAGCACAUAUCAUAUUGAGAAACUCCAUGCUGUGCAUAUAAAUCAAAAGAAUGUAUGUGUGCAUAUAAAAAAGUUACUGUAAAUAUACAAUGUGGAAACAUUUUUUAUGUUGUUCUGGACAUGUUUACCCAUGACAGAUGUCAUAUGCUAUGAUGAAUGAAGAAAUGGUGUUUAAUUAUAAUAUAUGUACAUUGUGUUGUUUGUUAAUGAUUCGUCAAUGGUCUAUGAGCAUGUAAGUGUUAUGCAGAUAUACUCAAGGACAUAAAUUGUUAUUAGUUGGAGGAAUUUACCAAAUUUCUAAUUGAGAACAUUUGUGCACAUUCAAAGAAAAAGGCAUGUUUAUGCAUGGCUGAAACCAACCAAUGAAAACCUCUCUCUGCGAUUUAU